UUUAAUCUGGAUAGCAUUCAGGAUUUCUUGCUUGUAUAUUUGUGCUAACAUAAUCUACAUAUUAAAUAAAACCAACAGCGAGAAGACCGUUGGAUAUACAAGCCAUCGACAGCAAAUUAAUAAGAGCUCCUAUAAUAGAUAUUUUGGUAAAAACAACGCUUUUUAAAAUGGAUUUGAAAUUGAUGGUUUUUCAGCAAAACUCACAACUGAUUUAUCAGUUUUUGCCGUUUCCUUUUGCUUUACUGUAUUAUAUUCUGGCCAGACAAGGAUGCCUCUCCUCAACAAACAGGUACGUUUACCUGGCGUUAGGUGGCUGUGUGCUCGCUAUGGUGUCCAUGGGCUCGUACUGCUGGCUGGUCUUCGUUCCUGUUGGAGCUUCUGCAGUGCUGGUCCCCUCAGCACGCUCCCUGCACGCUCAUACCUGCGUAUUUGGAGCCCAGAUGUGCUGGCAAACCGGCUGGCACCUCUUCAUUCAGUACAAGGAGUACUGGCUUCAGGAGCCUGUAGACACCAGGCUCUUGAUCGCAGUCUCAUCCCUGAUGCUUCUCACACAGAGAAUCACAUCGGUGUCGAUGGAUCUCCAGGAGGGCAAACUGACUGGCACACAGAGUGUGGGCAGUGCCACAUCAGCCCUGGCACCACACCUGGCUGGCACACAGAGUGUGGGCAGUGCCACAUCAGCACUCCAAUACCUCAGUUACACACUUUACUUCCCCGGGCUCCUGGGCGGACCCCUCUGUUCUUUUCAGCAGUUUGUUUCCUUUGUGGAGCAGAGGGUCAGCCCUGCCCCACAGCCUCUGUACGCUGUGUGCUGUAAGGUCUGUUGGGCUUUAGGCCUGCAGUGGGGUAAAUGUGUCCUUGUGGACGUGAUGGAGCGUUACUCCCCAGGCCUUGCCCAGCUGAGCGCAGUGCAGAGUACCCUGUGGGUGUUGGGCCUCGCCCUGGUGUUCAGGCUGAGCUAUUACUCCCACUGGGCGCUGAGCGCGGGCCUGAACAACGCGGCCGGGUUGGGCUUCCGGGGGUACAGCGGGCGGGGCGUCCCGCGGUGGGACGGGGUGUCGGACGGGGACCCCUGGACCCUGGAGACGUGCAGCCGGCCGUCUGCGUUUGCGCGGCACUGGAACGGGACGACGGCUGCCUGGCUGCGCAGGGCGGUGUUUCAGAGGUGCAGGACCGCCCCGCUGGCGAUGACUUUCGGGUUCUCCGCCUGGUGGCACGGCCUGCACCCGGGGCAGGUGCUGGGGUUCCUCCUCUGGGGCGUCGCGGUGAAGGCAGACUACCGCAUACACCAGCGCGUGCGCCCUCUCCUGACCUCUCCAGCCACACAGCGGCUGUACCGCGGCCUGGGCUGGGCGCACACCCAGCUGCUGAUUGCGUGUGUGGUGGUUGCCGUGGAGCUUCGGGGCGCCUGUUUUAUGUGGCUGCUCUGGAAGACCCACAUUUCUGUUUUCCUUCUUCUGUACGUCAUACUGUUGUUUUUUCUGCCACAAAAACAUCCCUAAAAAUUAAUGAUUUGUAAAAUAUUUAGAAACACAGAAAAUAACAUAAAAAAUACACAAUAAAAUAUAACUUCAAGCAGAAAUUAUAUGGUUCCUGGCACAAUCAGCAAAAAUAGACAGAGAAAAGAUUAUGGAACACAGACAAAAUAGGCAAACGCAGUAAGCAAAGGUUUCCUGAGGAUUGAACAGGCAGUUGGUAAAACGUUGUCAGUUAAUCUGACUAAUUGCAGCUGGACAUUUUGGCACGUAUGCCCAGUUUCCAUCAAAUUCAUUAUGUCUGGAUAUUUGAUGAGGAAGGCAUGAGAAUUUAAAAACUUAUGUUUAUUUUCACAUGUAACCUACUGUUACAGGUAGGAAAACAAUGCUGUGGGUUCACAGUUAGUUUCUGCUGGGAGGGUCAAAAUCAGAAAUUUCCAGAACAUUCAGUUUGUCUUUGAAACAGGCUUGGAACCAUAAAAAUCGCUGCGCGAGAAUCAGUGCUCUGCUUCUUCUACAUAACGGGUUAAAAAUGCUGUCACUGUUUCACCACUAGGUGUCAGUGUAAUACAUAGAAAACAUGAAACCUAUAUGAAUUACACUCCUUUUUUACCUACCUAUCUAUCUAUCUAUCUAUCUACCUUAUCAUUAAAAAAUAUAUAUAUAUAUUUAUUCAG